GAAUUUGCCUUUAAAUUACAACAGGACAAAUGAAUGUCAGUAACCUCGAAAGUGAAUAAAUGAGAAAUUGAAGAGAGGGCGAGUAAAUCGAAUCGAAAGAACGCCUGACGCGGUUUCCUUAAAUCAAAUAUGAAGACUAAACAGGAAUUAACGAGCGAACCUACUUGGGUCAAGUUACAAGAAUGUUUCAACAAGACAGGAUCUGAAAUUAACAUAUAUAACUUAUUUCAGCAAGAUCCUGUUCGUUUUCAAAACUUCAGUCUAGAAAUCUCUACUCCAGAAGAUGGGCCUAUAUUACUCGAUUAUUCGAAAAAUCGAAUCACAAAGGAGAUAUUUGACUCGUUACUUGAUUUGGCCCGUGCACGGCAAAUAGAAGAAGCACGAAGCGCAAUGUUCUCCGCCGAAAAAAUAAAUUUUACCGAGAACAGAGCUGUCCUACAUAUAGCUUUACGUAAUAGAAGUAAUACUCCCAUAUUACUCGAUGAUAAAGAUGUUAUGCCAGAAGUGAAUGCAGUUUUAAGUCACAUGAAACAAUUUACUGAUGAGAUAAUAUCAAAACAAUGGAAAGGUUUUACAGGGAAGGCAAUUGAAGACGUUGUAAACAUUGGAAUUGGCGGCUCUGACUUGGGUCCCCUAAUGGUAACGGAGGCUUUAAAGGCCUAUCAUAUCGGGCCACGUAUACACUUUGUCAGUAAUAUAGAUGGAACUCAUAUCGCGGAAACGCUUAAAAAAUUAAAUCCUGAAACUACUCUGUUCAUAAUAGCAUCUAAAACGUUCACUACUCAAGAAACGAUCACUAAUGCAACUUCGGCAAAAUUGUGGUUAUUAGAAUCAUUAAAAAAUGAAGCAGCUGUCGCCUUCCAUUUUGUUGCCCUCUCCACUAAUACGCAGAAAGUUAAAGAAUUUGGUAUCGAUGAAAAGAAUAUGUUUGGAUUUUGGGACUGGGUUGGGGGACGAUAUUCUUUAUGGUCCGCUAUUGGCUUAUCCAUUUGCUUGUCCAUUGGUUUUGAAAAUUUUGAGAAACUUCUCAGCGGAGCACAUUUUAUGGAUCAACAUUUUUGCAAAGCUCCGCUAGAGAAAAAUGCACCUGUUAUUCUUGCGCUUCUUGGCAUAUGGUAUCAUAAUUUUUAUAAAGCCGAGACACAUGCAUUAUUACCAUACGAUCAGUAUUUGCAUAGAUUUGCUGCAUAUUUUCAACAGGGUGACAUGGAGAGUAAUGGAAAAUUUGUUACUCGAUCUGGGAAGAAAGUUAAUUAUUCUACCGGCCCGAUUGUAUGGGGAGAACCAGGUACAAAUGGACAACAUGCAUUUUAUCAACUUCUUCAUCAGGGUACAAGACUCGUACCUGCAGAUUUUAUAAUUCCCGUAAUAUCCCAGAAUAAGGUUCAAGGUACGUUACAUCAUGAAAUUUUACUUGCCAAUUUCUUUGCGCAAACGGAAGCUUUAAUGAAAGGCAAAGGUCAAAGUGAAGCUAAAAAUGAAUUAGAGAAAUCUGGUUUAAAUCCGGAACAAGUGAAUUCAUUGUUGCCUCAUAAAGUAUUUGAGGGCAACAGACCAACCAAUAGUAUUAUGGUAAAAAAAGUUACGCCUUUUGUCCUUGGUGCUUUGAUCGCAAUGUACGAACACAAAAUUUUUGUACAAGGUAUUAUUUGGGACAUUAACUCGUACGAUCAGUGGGGCGUUGAAUUGGGUAAACAGUUGGCAAAAGCUAUUGAACCUGAGCUUCGUAAUACUGAUAAAAUUACAACUCAUGAUUCAUCUACAAAUGGUCUUAUUGCAUUUGCAAAAGCAAAUUUGACUAUUUGACAAUAGUCUUCAAUUAUUAUAUAGUUGUUUAGAUACAGCCGGGAUACGCGAUCUAGCUAUAUUUUUUUUUUUAUUUAAGCUGGUGAAGUUUAGUUGACAAAUAAUUUGUUAACAUUUUGUAGUAUGACUUUGCUCGAUUAAAAAUAUAAAAUGUUAAGAGAGGUCUACAAAAAUUACAGAUUAA